AUGGGGGAUAUUGGAGUAAUAUCACAUUAUGUAUUUUCAUUAGACUGUCAUUUUGUUGUUAUUUCAUUUUGCUGUGAUUACAAGAGAUGGGGAUGUGAAACUAACCAAAGAGUUUAUACUUUAUACAGACCUGAACUAUACAAGUCUAGGGUGUUGGAGCUGAAUGCGAGUGAUGACAGAGGCAUUAAUGUUGUUCGGACAAAGAUCAAGGAUUUUGCUGCUGUUGCUGUUGGGUCUAAUCAUCGUCAAGGCGGUUAUCCAUGCCCAGCAUUUAAGAUCAUCAUCCUAGAUGAGGCUGAUUCAAUGACAGAAGAUGCUCAGAACGCCUUGAGGCGCACUAUGGAAACUUACUCCAAAGUCACCAGAUUCUUUUUCAUAUGUAAUUACAUUAGCAGGAUUAUAGAGCCCCUUGCUUCCAGGUGUGCAAAGUUCAGAUUUAAACCACUUUCUGAAGAAGUUAUGACUCACCGUAUAAUGCAUAUUUGUAAUGAAGAAGGUCUCAACCUUGAUGAAGAGGCUCUUUCAACUUUGAGCUCCAUAUCACAAGGGGAUCUCCGUAGGGCCAUCACAUAUCUGCAGAGUGGGGCUCGGUUGUUUGGAUCAACAAUAACUUCUACAGAUUUACUCGAUGUGUCUGGGGUAGUUCCCCUGGAGGUAGUCACAAAACUUUUUACUGCAUGCAAAAGUGGGGAUUUCGAUAUUGCAAACAAGGAAGUGGAUAACAUAGUUGCAGAAGGAUAUCCUGCAUCUCAAAUCAUCAAUCAGCUAUUCGAUAUCAUUGUGGAGGCUGACAAUGACAUAACAGACAUCCAAAAGGCUAAGAUCUGCAAAUGUUUAGCUGAAACUGAUAAGCGACUUGUAGAUGGGGCAGAUGAGUACUUGCAGCUUCUAGAUGUGGCAAGCAAUACAAUUCGUGCCCUCUCAGAAAUGGCUCAAGACUUCUAAAGCAAAGACCAUGUAAAGUAUAAAGCUCUGCAUUUGGAUUCUACUUGAAUUUGGACCUUUUCCUUAUGACUUGUGAGUUAUCGUAAUGCCACUUUUCAUAGCUUAGGUUUUGAUAAAAAGUUGGAGCGUUGUGACGUUUUUCUGGUUGUUACUCUUUUAUGGUUUGUACUUUGUUGCAGAGUUAUUUCAUUGCAUCAACUUACAAAAUCUGUUGACUA